UUAUGUUCUCAGAAAAAUUGAUUUUUUAUGCCAUUUUCUUUAAUGACGCAAAACAAAUCGAAAAAAACCCAUACCAAACCGAAAAUGCUAAAUUAAGACAACUGCUUUACGCGUUGGUAACUAUAGCAACAAUUGGAGGGAAUUUCAUCGCAAAACUACCCGUUCAUAGCCGGAUGAUUUAAUAAACCACAAUUUAAAUUCUUUUAUGAUUAUUGUUCCUAUCCUCACUUACACUUCCUUAAUGUGAAAUAUAAAAGCGAGUGUGCAAACUCCUAACAUCAUAACUAAGAAGGAUCACAAGUAAGAAGAACAUAUUUAAAAUGAAAACCAAAAAAUUGAAUGCACUGCUGCUGUUAGCCUUCAGUUUUGAACUGUACCAUGCGUCUUUUCUGGACUAUGGGACGGCGGUUGGUGAUCGAAGACUAGGACAAGACGAUGAUAACAACUAUCUCGUUACGACGCCAAAUCCAAUUAGAUUUUGGACUACAGAUCGAACAAGUUUUUAUAUUAGCAGUAAUGGUGUAAUUUUCUCGCAAAAUUACGGCCAGGUUAAUCCGUCUCAUCCAUGGCAACUGUUACCUGGCAACUCGUUAUACGUGUAUUAUGCCGAUGCAAAAAUGAAUUCGGCAUGUGGUGAUUGCAAUGUCUACCAUCGUACGAACAUUUCUUCGGCUGAUGUGAAUAAAAUAAAUGAUUUAAUACAACAGAAAGACUCGGAUUUCAUAGCCUUGAGUGAUAGGACGAUGGUAACUACAUGGCACGAAGCGCCAGCAUAUUAUAACAAUAUCAAGAAAAAUACAUUUCAAGCAAUAAUCGCUUCAAACGGAACCACAUCUUACGCUGUGAUAACCUACGACAAUCUUGAAUAUUACACCGCCCCAAGAGGGCGUAUUGCAAAAGUUGGUUUUAAAGGAUCAAAUAGGCAUCAUUGUGACUUUCCUGGAAGCAACACAGAGACUAUUAAGCUAAAAUGUCGUUCUAACGUAUUUGUGCCUGGACUAUUUGUUGUUGGUUUAACUCCAAAUGCGAAGUACGAAUGCAAUGCUGGUGGAAGUCUAGACUUUUCCUGUUCUCAUUGUACUGGAGAGGAAACAUGGAAUCAUAAGGUUUGCACAGAUGCCAACUCCACCGUAUGUGGUAGUAAUGGGCUAUCAUAUCGUAGUCAAUGUGAACUGGAGAAAGAAACUUGCAGAACUGGUGGAAACACAACCAUGUCAAGUUGUCAAGUUCCAGCUACACAAGUUCCACAACCGUCAACAUCACAAACUGAAUCAACGCCCUACACUGAAACCACCCUUCAAACAGAACCUACCCCUGGGCCGGAAGUAACUCCUGGGCCGGAAACAACUCCUGGGCCGGAACCAAUUUCUGGUCCCGAACCAACUGCUAACUCGUCCAGCAAAUCAACUGCUUCACCGGAACCUGAAUUGACUCCUACUUCAUUGAACACAACAAGAAGGUCAUACACCACUGGAAAUUUUAGUACCCGACAAUACACAAGAUUUACAACAGGAGCACUAAACACAAAUGGUACAAGUAAUACAACUAGCCUUCCAUCAUAUAACAGCACGAUGCGAUGUACUUUUGAUGGCUUCACUUGCGGAUACAAUAUCACAAACUGGACGUUGAUAAGCAACACACAAAAUCGGUCAAAUGGUUAUCUUAGAUUGACGCACCCGCGAGGGUCAAUAUUGCUGCCUCACUUUUCAAGUGGUUUUCGUCAAUGCGUAAACCUCGAAGUUCAAUUCAUGUCUAAAGCUGAUUCCAAUCGAAAUUUUAUUGCUGUCAAUUAUUGGUAUAUUGGAAGAACAUUCCAAAUGGCUUUGGUUAAUGUCAGCUCCACAAACGCUUGGCAAAAUUACAGAGUUGUCAUACGACAUGUAAUAACAGCUCCACCACUUAGGAUUAUCAUUACUGGGGAUGUUCAAAAUGGAACAAGUAUUGGUUUGGAUAAUAUACACAUUACCUGCGCACAUACACCUAGCACGACUCCAGCUCUUCCCUUAACAACAUCCACUUCUUCAAAUACCACGUCAGCAUGGACGACAAUGUUUCCAAAUAUGACUGUACCAGGAAACCUGACUUUUUGCGACUUUGAAAUCAGUAAUUGCGGUUUUGUAUUAAGUCCACUUUGGAGCCGACACAGUGGAAGCACAACAUCUUCUGAAACUGGCCCAACUGUUGAUGCAAGCGGAAGUACAUUAAGAUAUUACAUAUACUAUGAAGCUACUGGCGGAAUUAAUAAUUCAAGACAUCCAGUUUCAGUUCUGAGAUCCAAUCCUAAUUUCCACCGGACUGGUUGCUUAACAUUUUCAUACCACAUGUACGGUGCUGACAUGGGAUCGCUUGUUGUCACACUUUCAAACUCAUUUUAUAGUCAAAAUAUUUGGACCGUAUCGGGAAAUCAGGGUACCCAAUGGAAAGUAGCUACAUUAUCAUUGGACAAAUUUUUAGGUCGUUUUUCUUCAUCGAUUUUAAAUGUAACGUUUGUGGCAAUUAGAGGAAUUGGCUUCAGAAGUGAUAUUGCUCUGGAUAAUAUUUCUCUUAAUUUUGGACGUACAUGCUUAGGCCUUACAACUACCACAACAACCAUGCCCUCUGAUACAUUACUUUAUCCAUAUGGGUCAUUUAAUGGUGACAGAAUCGUUCCUUCUGGAGAUGACGUUGCGUACACUUACACCUUAUCAAGACCAAUGAAACUGUUCUCUGUCAGCAGAUCUCAAUUCCAUAUAAGCUCAAAUGGAUUGGUUUCUUUCACUAUACGCACAUCCUCCAGGAGUUUAUCUUUUCCAAAUGCUGAUACAAUGAUCGGGAUGUAUCUAACUGAUUUAGAUACAAGCCGUGGUGGGAAUAUAUACUACCGAGAAACCACUUCUCAACAGAUUCUGUCAAGAGCCACAACUGAUGUACGGAAAACGGGUGCAACAUCUUUCACUGCAAGGCGAGCAUUACUAGUCAGCUACAUUCUUGUAAAUGCUUACAGAUCAUCAUCAAGAAAUACCUUCCAAGCUGUUAUAACAACAGAUGGAAAUUUUACCUACGCCAUCAUGAAUUACGAAAGACUGGAUAGCAGAUCAGCGCUUACUGGAUAUACUGAAGGGUUUUGUAACUACAGAAUAUUUGCACCUUCGUCAAGCUCUUAUACCUUGUCAUCCACAUCAAACAUAGGUAGACGCGGUCGCCAUGUUUACCAAUUGACUAACCAAGCCUGCUUCAAACCUGCAAGCGGUGUAAUUACACAAACUAUCGCAUUUUUUAGAUCGUUAUUUUUCAAUACAGUCACUACCACUUUCAAUACUGGAAGACUAAACGGCGUUUUAAAUUCUAUAGUAUUUAUUUUAGAAUUCUCCUCUAGUAACCAGGCAAAUUUUGUGUACUUGACUUCUGUUAGAUACUUCACAUCAUCUGUUACAAUAGGAAUAUCAUAUGCUAUUGCUGAUCGGACUUCGAGACAGUCUUAUCAAGCACUUGGUGUACUCAGUGGAACAAAGAAGAAUUCGAUUUUUCAGUAUGAUAAGGUUGACUUGACAGGUUUCUCCACUGGAAUCAUGUGUCAAAGAACUACAUUCUCUUCAAUAAUGAAUGCUGAACCAACUAUCAAACUAACCGCUGACAUUGGAAAUAACCAAUAUCAUCCUGCGCGUCAGGCUCAUCUCUGGUUAAGAAACGUAUCCAAAAGCGGUUUUGACAUAUGUGCUAAGGAAAGUGUAGCCUUUAGCGGCUAUAGAAAUAUAUCAGCACAUUAUAUUGCCCUGUCAAAUCGCUCAAACAACUUUACAGAAUUUGGAAAGCUGGAAUUUAUGGGAAACAGGUCUAAUCUCUGUCAAAAACUUCAUUUUGAAUUUAUUUACACCGCAAAUCCAAAAGUGUUUACAACACCUGAGCAGGUGGAAAAUGGGGACAGAAGCGGUGCUAUUAUUUCUUGGAUAAAACGUAUGACAACUAAAUAUGUUGAGAUAUGUACUAAGCAUGCAGAUGACACGUCCAUCAUGCGCAAAAGAGAUGUCAGUGUGCAUUACAUCGUCACAGGUGUUAUUGAUGAAUGUACGUAUUUUAUUUGUCCAAGUCACCUCGAAUGCCAAAAAGAUUUCCGAAACAGAGCAUAUUGUGGGUGCAUUAGAUCUUGUGGCAAUGAAUCCGAUGCUUUUUGUGGAAAUGACUUUGUGACCUAUUCAAGUCAAUGUCAACUUGAUAAAUCUCAUUGUGAGAGAUAUGGCAACAACAGCAGACACAAUGUUACCAUUGCCCAUCCUGGAAAAUGUGAAAGGUUCCCAUAUCAAGCUGGAGUAACUCAACUAGAUGUAGUACCAAAUGCACCUGCCGUAUUCUGCAAGUAUAUACACUUAAAUCCAAAUAACUUCCAUCCCACUUCCCAAAUCUCUGUACAGCUUUCAGUUUCAUGGAAGCAGAACUCAUCAAUUAACAGUUCACACGAUGCUACAGCAAGUUGGAGUGAGAACAUUUCAAAUAAGGGUUUUAAAGCAUGCGUAAUGGUAGCUGGAAGACAUUUCUUCGACAGCUUUGAUCAUAAUCCAAGCAUACAUUGGACUGCAUACCAAGAUGGAUUGGCUGGUCCUGAUAUAGAACUUGGUGUUAUUAACAUGACCACUUGGCACACGGGGAGCAGAUGCAUGUCUUUUAGAUUAAAAAAAUAUUCGAGUAAUACCCAGCUAUUUGUAUCAGUGGAACACACUCAUCGAAACAUGUUUAAGAAUGCCAUGACUGCAUGGUUUGAAGUAAACUCAUUCUUUUUUGGAAAUUUGAAAGUAUGCGCGAGAGAAUUGCAAAACUUUGAUGGUACUCACAGUGGAAUCCGACUGCAUUGGACAGCUAUUCACAGAACUUCACCUCCUUUUAUCACUGAGACUGUUGGAAUCACAUUUCCAAGACGUCUUAUUGGAGACUCUAUGCCAGUCUUCUGUAAGAAAGUGGAAUACAACAAGAACUUCCCAACACUAGCUAACCCUACUGUGAUUAUAUCAGCUACCACACCCACUUCUUCAUCGUCUAUCUACUCCAACAAUGAUGUUGCAGCUUGGAUAGAGUACACUGGUACAGUUUACAUAAAAUUUUGUUACAAAGCAAUCCAAAACAAUCAAUUUACUGAACAAGUUAAAAUAUCGUACACAGUUAUUCCAGCAUUAUGUGAACCUGGUUGGACUUAUGUCAAAGGAAACUGUUACAAACCAAUGGAUGGUUGUCAGACAUACAAUACAGCCGAACAACAAUGUAACAACAUCGCUGCAGCACUACCUACCGUCGAAGGACCUGCGGAAGCGUACUUCUUAGAACAAAUUUCCGUCUCUAAUAAAACAUGGAUUGGUUUAACAGAUGUUAAAUAUGAAGGAAAAUGGACAUGGAGCAGUGGAUCAAUGUCAGCAUAUCGAAAGUGGCUAGUAAAUCAACCAAACGGAGGUGCGCAAGAGAACUGUGCUGUUGUUGAUGGAACAAGUAAUGUUGCUGGUUGGGAUGAUGUGCCAUGUUCAGAAUGUGCAAAUGUCCAAUGCGAAAAAGGUGCAAAUUUAAAAGAAAGAUCUUGUGCUCACUUGUGCUUAAAUGGAGGUUCUUGCAUACAAGCAGGAACCAAUCAAUACCAGUGUAUUUGUCCAACAGGUUUUGCCGGAAAAAGAUGCGAUAUUGACUUAUUAACCAUUACCGAAUGCUAUAACUACACACUGCAUCAGGAAUCAUGGAGGCUAUACGAGCUGAAUAACAACAGUAACAACCAAACUAAUCAAAGUUCAUGCGAUGGUAGAAAUUUGAAAAACGGCUGGCAUAGAUUUGAUGUUGGAAUUGGCACAAAGAUACUAAGCAACUGUACUAACGCUCCAAAUCAAUGUGGAACAAGAAGCCCUGGUUGGAUGCAGGGUCCUCACCCUGAAGUAGAUGAUGGUAUUGUGUCACGAAACCUUCGGUAUUACACACACUAUUGUGGAGACGACCACGGAGCAGUUCUUGUGCGAAAUUGCGGAAAUUUUUACACCUAUCGUUUUGGUAAUAUUCCAUAUUGGUCAUGCCAAUUUGGAAUAUGUUUGACAACAUAAACAAAAUAUUCUUUACAUUUUUCUUGUUGCUGUUAUUAUUUGUAUUUUAUUUUCUACUUAAUCUAAUAAUAAAUAAUUUUGCGUAUUAUUUAUCUA